AUGCAGAGCAAACUCCCACCCACACUUUAUUGUUUUCUCAACACCUUCACUAAGUUCCUGGCCACUUUAAAAGGGGCAGAGCCUGUAGCAGGAUCCUGGAUCGGUCCUCCAGCCACAGUGGCAGCUUGUGCUCCCAGCCUGGACUGGAGCUCCAACCCAGGAUCGGGCUGGAGCUUCUGUCUGGGCUUUCCUCCCACCCGUUUCCUCUCCCUUUCCCAAUGGCAGGUGUCUACAUGUGACACUCGGCAUAGCAGCGGCAGGGCAAAGGAGCCGAGUAUGGGGGGCAGGUGUCGCAUGUCCUGGUAUGAUCGGUUUGUGCAGCCCUGCCUGGUUGAGCUGCUGGGCUCUGCCCUCUUCAUCUUCAUCGGGUGCCUAUCGGUCAUUGAGAAUGGACCAGACACCGGGCUGCUGCAGCCGGCCCUGGCCCACGGGCUGGCCUUGGGGCUCAUCAUUGCCACCCUGGGGAACAUCAGCGGUGGACACUUUAACCCUGCAGUGUCGCUGGCGGCCACACUGAUUGGAGGCCUCAACGUGAUGAUGCUCCUCCCCUACUGGAUCUCCCAGCUGUGUGGGGGGCUGAUUGGGGCUGCCUUGGUCAAGGCCAUCAGUCCUGAGGAGCAGUUCUGGAAUGCCUCUGGGGCGGCCUUUGUGACAGUCCAGGAGCACAACCAGGCAGGCAGGGCCCUGGGGGUCGAGAUCAUCCUCACCACACUGCUGGCCCUGGCGGUGUGCAUGGGUGCCAUCAACGAGAAGACGAAGGGCCCUCUGGCUCCGUUCUCAAUUGGCUUCUCCGUCACCGUGGAUAUCCUGGCAGGGGGCGCUGUGUCUGGAGCCUGCAUGAACCCUGCUCGUGCCUUUGGGCCUGCCGUGGUGGCCGGCCACUGGGACUUCCACUGGAUCUACUGGCUAGGGCCACUUCUGGGUGGCCUGCUUGUAGGACUGCUCAUUAGGUUCUUCAUUGGAGAUGAAAAAACCCGCCUAAUCCUAAAGGGCCGAUGAAGCAGAGCUGGUGAGGUUCCCCCUGUCCUGGCUCCCUCAGCUGCCCCGCCCUGGGCUGAGGACAGACCAGACAGCUUCUGCAUCUCCCACAGAGAAGAGGCUCAGAGGAGGGACUGACCUGUUUUCUUGGAUUUGGGUCUGGCUUCUGGGACAGACAGGCUGCUGCUAAGUCCUAAGAAGGCCCCGGGUCUUGAAAUACUUCUGUGCUAAAUGGAGGCCUCAGCCUCGGAACAUGUUGGCAGAACUACCAGAGAGAGGUGGAAACAGCACGGUAAAGGAGGUUUUUCUGGAGAGGGAAGGUCUCAGGAGCAGAGCCGCUGGAAGGAGUGGCUCUUCCUGUGCAGGAGCUGGCUCCCGCCCGCCCCGCCCCUCUGCUUUCUUCAGUGCUGGGAAUCCGGGCCAGGGCAGCAGGCAUACCAGACAGGCACUCUGCCACUGAAUCGUACCCCAGCCCUCCUCACCUCUUCUCUUCCUUCUGUUAUUCUUUGGUUCCUGUUACAGAAGAGCUUUUGGGAGCCUGACCACCACCUUGCCUCCCAAGCUGCCGAUCUG